GUCAAGCACCGGAAAUAAGGCUGGGUGACAUUUAGAAUAGGACAGGGGCAUGUGAAUGCAUGUGUCGUUAAAUCUACAAUCCUUGCAUUUGUGCGCAUUUUAAACAGCAAACAAUAGCUAGAAAUGGCUGCGUGGACUUGUGGAUUUCUUCAGAGAGGAACUCGUCUGAUUUAUCUCCGGGCAGCAGCGCAAAGAUGUCCAUCGCAUCCCAGCCCCAUCCAAUCGGCAGGCUGUGUUCGGUCCAUGAAGACGACAACAUGGUUUGAAGAACACCUCACGGAAGAGAACCAACAGUUCAUGAGGAGGGAAAUAGCGGAGGAAUACAGGCAACAGACCGCUAACAAGCUUAACCCGCUAAAAGAUGAGCCCUGGCCGCGACAUAAUUGGACUGAGGGAAGUCGAAGAGUUGGGUUGGUAGCUGUGAAGUUGGGCAUGGCUCCUCUCUGGACAAAAACAGGAGAACGACUUGUCGUCACUAUGUUACAGGUUCAGGACUGUCAUGUAAUAAAUUGCCUGUCUAAAGAAGAACAUGAUGGGCGCUCUGCUGCACUAAUUGUUGGCGGAAAAAAUGUAUCACCAUUCCACAGAUCAGAAACGGCAAUGGAGAAGUUCAGAAAUGCAGGAGUUCCUCCAAAACAGAAAGUCAGCACCUUUCCAGUCUCGGACAACGCCAUCAUUAAACCAGGCACUCCGCUAUAUGCUGCACAUUUUCGUCCAGGCCAGUAUGUGGACGUGACUGCCAAAUCUAUUGGCAAAGGCUUUCAGGGCGUAAUGAAGCGCUGGGGAUUCAAAGGUCAGCCAGCCAGUCAUGGACAAACCAAAACACAUCGCAGACCAGGAGCUUCUGGACCUGGAGGCGAUCCAGGCAAAGUUUUCAAAGGGAAGAAGAUGCCGGGCCAAAUGGGGAACACCUUCGUCACAGCGUACGCACUGAAGGUGUGGCGCGUCAAUACCAAGCACAAUGUGCUGUAUGUUAACGGCUCCGUCCCCGGCCACAGGAACUGCUUACUGAAGGUGAAGGAUACUUCACUACCAACCAAGCAGUCCACCGUCCACAACCCCCCAUUCCCCACUUUCUUCACCGAGGAAGAAGUCGACCUUGAUGAAGACCUCUACGACGACGGCAUGUUCGUUCACACAGAACCAUCCUUAUCUCUCACCUGAUCACACACUUCUUCUUGAUCUUGUUGUUGGGAACCCGCUAUAAAGCAUAACUCAUUUAAA